CAUCGUUCCCUUUAGUCUGCAAUCAGUCGUUAAUCGGAAAUGAGAAGUUUAUACUUGAGGCUAGUGAUUUUUCCGUUGUUCGGAAUGAUUUCCCCCAACGAAAUCUCGCGGAGUUACGACAACGAUGGCCAGCACAAAAGGCCGGCUCCCACGCGUCCGCCGGAGGCACGCCAAUUACCGUUAGGCUAUGAACCCAUCGAAACCACCUCCGCCUUCUGGCAGCAAAAGGCACAAAACAUUCUCGCGUCCAAACUGGCCGAGACACCGGUCCGCGCGAAAGCGAAGAACGUAAUUUUCUUCAUCGGCGAUGGAAUGUCUCCGCAGACCAUUGCAGCCACCCGGAUGUACCUUGGCAACGAGAACAAAAUGCUCGCGUUCGAUGAGUUCCCUUAUCUUGGAACCGCGAGGACAUAUUGCGUCGAUCGGCAGGUGCCAGACUCGGCGUGCACUGCGUCGGCUUAUCUCUCCGGUGUGAAGGUUAACUAUGGUACGAUUAACGUGGGCGCGAGUGUGCCACGCUACAGCUGCGCGUACAACCGAACCGAGGCGGAGUUUCUCGGGUUGCUCAAAUGGGCACAGGAUAACGAUAUGGCUACCGGAGUGGUAACCACCACCAGAAUUACCCACGCAACACCGGCUGGGACGUAUGCGAGCACUGCAGAUCGUGACUGGGAGGAUGAUUCGUAUGUGAGGAAGGCCGGAUGCGACCCGUCCCAAUAUCCGGAUAUUGCGGAUCAACUAGUGAACGGAGAGGUUGGGAAGAGAAUUAAAGUCAUUCUCGGUGGAGGCCGUCGACAUUUCUAUUCAUCCACUCAGAGAGAUGAAGAAAACAGUCCCGGCAGUCGGGCGGAUGGUCGCAAUUUGGUCAACGAAUGGUUGAGUCAACACUCGGACUGGGCCGAAUACGUAUGGAACCAAACUAGCCUCCAAGCUGUGAACGUGGAUAACACCUCACACUUGUUAGGGCUCUUCGAGAGCAGCCAUUGCUUGUACAACUUGGAGAUAGAUGAGGGAAACCUUCAGGCAUCCGAGCCGAAGCUCUCUGAAAUGGUUGUAGUAGCGGUGAAGAUGUUGCGGAAGAGCGAAAGUGGGUUCUUCUUGUUCGUGGAAGGUGGCCGUAUCGAUACGGCGCACCAUGAGACGAGACCGCGGCUGGCCUUGGAGGAAACCGCGGAAUACUCGAAGGCUAUUGGACUGGCACGGCAGAUGACCAGUGUGGAGGACACGCUGAUCGUAGUGUCCUCGGAUCAUUCCCAUACGAUGACCUACAAUGGUUACCAGACACGCGGCAACGACAUCCUCGGCAUCGCGGACAUCAGCGACAUCGACGAACUUCCGUAUACCACCCUCAGCUAUGCAAACGGCGAGGGAUACUUUGUGGCAUACACCCCGGACAAUCUGGCCGAGCGUGCAGAUAUCAGCGGGCUCGACUUCAGUGACUUCCACAGCCAGUACCCGGCAACGGUGCCACGCGAUUCGGAAACCCACGGUGGAGAGGACGUGGCCGUGUACGCAAGCGGUCCAAUGGCACACAUCUUCCGAGGCAAUUUCGAGCAGAACGUCAUCCCAUCGUUGAUUGCUUAUGCUGCGGAAAUUGGUCCCUUCGCGGGGACCGAGCAGGACUCCGAUGGCUCCGGGUCGGCGGUGUUCAUUUGCUUCCGACUGGCCGUCAUCUGCGGGGUUAUUGGCCUUCUGGUUCAACUUAGGUGGUAUCGUUUGUAGGUCUACUGUUAAGCC